GUAACAUCAAAUCGCAGUGUUAACGGUGCAGUGAAUUCAGUAGAAUUGAGUUUGUUGGAGUUUAUACGGACGCCUCCUUCAGCGGAUAUCGGGUGCCAAGUAUUGUGCACGUUGUUGUUUUUUUUUCUCAUCGACACGGUAUGAACCGCGUGUGUCCUUGACUUUUUAAUGUUUAGUGACAGUUUUUAGUGUAGGAAGAAUGUGAAGCAUAAUUAGUUUUGGCCUUAAUCUAAAGCGGAUAAUAGGUAUCUACCGCUAUGAGAUUAAUAGAAGUGUAGCCUCAAGAGAAUAACAAUCAUACUGGCGGGGGCAGAUUUAGCACUAGAAAACGGGUGUGGCGAGGGGGGCGGGGGAGGCGAUAAGAGUUGUCUCACAACGUACAUCUUUAAUCCAGUAGAUACCUGUACCGGAACGCCUAGUCCAGAAAAAACCCAUCUGAAAACACCAGAUUCUGGGCCGAAACUUAGUUCCGCCCAAGAUGUUGUUUCGUCGACAGACGUCGCCCAUAUGCAUCCGAAUUUUUUGUUCGGAAAAGUUCUACCCGAUGGAAAACCAAAUUUUCUCACAGACUACGAGCUAAGCUUUAAAAAUUGUAAUUUUGAUGUUGGUGCAGAUCAUGCGAAGUGUUGCGUCGGGGGACAUUUUGGAAGAGAUCUGAGUUUCGGUCACUUGUACACCAUCAGCAAGAGUGAUCGAUUCGUGGAGGAACGCACUUACGAUGAACCGUACACUGGAGAUUUGCCAAGAAGAUCUUGGUUAUGUUGUCCAGGAUCACAACAACAUGUCGGCGAUGGUGAUCAGCCUCCUUUAUUAGAUACAGCGACUACGUCCUCGAAAACUCCAACUACCCCUUUAGUGGAUGCUGUCACUAAACCUCCCAGUUACAGUAUGUGCUCCGGAACAUGUGAAAGACUGCAACGUCAAUUAGAUGAUCAAGCACAACGUUAUGAAGAACAAUUGACCGAGCUACAUUCUGUUAUAGCAGAAUUGACUAGAAAAUUACAUCAUCAGAGAUCGCUGGUUAUAGCUGAGGAGGAGGAAGUUUCAGAAUCGUGCACAAGCGCUCAUGAAGAAUCGGUAACUUGUCCGUUAGAAGUUAGUGAGUUGGAACCCGUAGAUAAUGAAUUGUCAGACGUUGAUAAUAAAAUACCAUUUCCCGAAAGUCCGCAAGCGUUACCCGAGCCAAAAUUAUCACUUUCCAAUCACGAAAACAACGAACUUUCUCCAUUCCCAGAAAUAGUGGAACCUCUAAAGAAUGAAAUAACUAAUUUAAAACAGCAGUUACAUGAAGCACAUACCAGAUUAGCUCAAAUGUCUUUAGCAAGAAUUGAAGAAACGUCUAACGAUGAAGUUGUUAUAAACGAUAAAAAUAUAGAAUCCCCCGAGUCACAUUUAGAAAUUGAUUGCGAACCAAAGAUGUAUCAGGAAGAUAAGGUGGAUAUAAAAUACAGCAACAUUGUACCUAUACAUAGGACAAACAUCAGGAAUAAUUGUUACUCCAGUGCUCCUGUGCCAAAAGUGGCUGAAAGAAUCAAACUGAAAAGAGCUACGGAUCAGCGGGGCAUAAAUCCAAACGAUUUACUUAAUAGUGAUUUGUCAACAGCUGUUGCUGAGCAUAUUGUUGGUGAUAUUUUGAAGCAAUGCGAUAUUCAGGCUGAGAAGCAAGGACUGGAUUUCGAAUUAAGAAAAAUUAACGCCAAAUUGGAGAAUGCGAGAUCGCAGAAUUCAGUACUGGCAUUAACGCUUUCAGAAACGAAAGCGCAUUGUGAUAGAUUGGCCUUACUAUGUGGUAAAUACGAAUCUAACGCUAUAGCUUUACAAUUGGCGUUGGGAAUAAGUGAUAGAAUCAUUGAAGCUUACGAUGUACUUUUGGCUCUACUAGAAACUGAGCUAACUUUGAAAGAAGACGAUUCGGAUACUUUACAAAAUAGGAGUGCCGCCGAAACGGUAGCCAAACAACUUCUUCAUCAUUUAGAUUCAUAUCAAAGUACAGAUGUUUUAUUAUCACCUUGGCAGAAUAAUGUUUAUAGUAGUCCUACCAUAGAUAGUAACGAAACUUGGACAUCCGAACAUGAAGUAAGACUUAGAGAACACGUUUCGAGACUGAAAGCGGAACGAAGCAAUAUUCAGGGAACAUAUGUGAUUUUGGAAUCGACGCAACUUGAAAAUGUACCUGUACGACCUUCCAGUAGCCAAGAAGCUAGAAAGAUGGAUUUAGAAAUGGCUGUGUUGAUGCAGGAACUUAUGGGUUUACGGGAAGAUAAGUCCGAAUUAAUAUCAAAACUUUUUGCUCUGGAAAGAGAAAAAUGUGCCAUUGAACUUAAACUUAGAUAUUCAGAAGGACAACAAAAGGCUCAAUCUGCAACAUUGAAAAAUCUCCAAGGGCAUUUAAAAGAUACUGAAGCCUUACUAGCAAUAGCCACCCAGCAUAAAGAACAAGGUUACUCCGAUGCGGAACAUGCACAAGGUGUAGAAUUGGAAUUGAUGCAAGCAUUAGCAAGAGAGGCAAGACUGAAAGUUAGAUUACAGGAGUUGGUUUCUACUUUGGAACAGGUUACAAAAAACGCUGAAGCAAGAUUGUUAGAAGGAAGAGAAAUAGUACAAGAUUUAAAUCAAACAAAUAGUAUAUUAGCUGAUACUGUAGACAGAAAUAACAAAAAAUAUCAAGCCAAACUAAAAAAAAUGGAACAACAAAUGUUUAUCUUAGUAGAAAAGCACAAUGCACAGGUUCACAAUUUGCAACAACGGAUAGCUACUUUAGAAACGCCUCCAACUAAUAGUUCGGAAAAUUCUAUAAAUUCAGUAGCAGUCUAAUUGUGGAGUCCUUAAAACGAUUCAAGUUCUGUUGAUCUCUUUUCUAUUUUAUAAUUUGAACAAAAAGCAUUUAAUGCCGUGCUUAUGUACGAAAAUUAGUAUUCAAAAAAUGGUAUCAGUGUACGAUUGUUGAAGUGAAAUUAUGAAAAUACUAUUCCAAUUCACAUACUAGUUGACUAUUAUUUCAUUGAAUCAUAUUUGUCUAUUUUUCCAUCAUCCAAUAUAUAAAUAAUACUAUGAAACAUAAUAAUUAAUAGUAAUUAUCUAUAUUAAGUUACACCCCUCCGAUUUCGUAAAAUUUUAGUGUGUUAUAGGGCGCGGAAAGCAAAACUUCACAUAGUUUUUUAACUUUAAAGUUCCAGAAAAAGAAGAAUAUUUGAUACAUCAUAGUUUAUUGCUUUGCAUGUCUUCAUUACCUAAUAAUGACAUCAUGGGUACAUAUGCGAUAUGGGAUUUUUGAAGCAUUCUGUUGAAGCACCACCAAAUUUUUGCCCGAAUAAACCUCAAAUAUUUUUUAAUUUUAUCCUAACUAUCACCUUUUUUAGAAACGCCCUGUAUAUACAUGUUAAGCGCUAUUUUCUCUAUAACCUACUACAAUUUCAACGAAAUCGGAGGGGUGUAAUCUAAUUUAAAUAAUUACCUAAUUAAUUAUAUAAUAAUUGGAUAAUUAUUUAUUAUAUAAUUAAUCUUGUUUAUCAUAAAUCCCAUGUGUAAUAGAAUGAACCGCCCUAUGUCGUUACAGUUAUGGAAGAUGGAUUUACCUCUAACCUCCAUAGUUAAAGUACAAAACUUCUUAUAAUAGAUAAAAUAUGUUCCCCUUAGUUCUUGAAUUUUUUAUACAUUUUCAUGUCUUCCAAAAAAUUUUUAUUAUAUGGGGGCCGUUUCUUUUUCAACCUCCGAUCGCUCCGUACAGCUGCUACGCAGACAUGCGCUGUAGUAUGAUUCGUCGAGUUGACAGAAUGGUUAAAGACAACCGCAUAUUCACCAUUACGCCUACGGAAUUUCCAGAAGUUUCAAGGUCUCUUUUGUACUCUACUUGAAUGUCUCAAUCUUUUGGUGAUAAAGAUAUUGUUUUAUAUGAACUUGUCUCUUAUUUGUAGCUUAUCGGAGGUUGAAAAUAAACGGUCUUUGUAUAUAUGUUACAGUUAAAAUCCGUUUUCAGGUUAUUCUAGUUUUGACAAGGAAAGAUUAGUUUUCACAAUCCCGUUAAAAAAUGUUUUUACUAGUCAAAACUAGUGUUGACUAGUACUCUUGGAGUUGAAACUAUUUUUUUUUACAUUUUUCAUCAGGAAAUACCAGCAUUAACUAGUUUUUUCUCAUUUAAUAGAAUUUUCUGUUGAAACUAGCUUUCAAUGGGGAAUUCUAGUCAUGGAAAACUGUGUUUCCAGUUGAAAAAUUUAUUGUUUCAAAAUUUUAUUCUAGUAGAACACUAGAAAGUCAGAAUUUUCGAAAUAAACCUCGGUGGUAUAUUAUUAUUUUUUGUACAAACCGCGAUUAGAAAAGAUUUUUUCCAGGAUCAUUUUACGAAACCUUGCCAUCCACCUAAACUAGAGACUCCAUGGUAGAAAUACCUCCAAACAUGCAGUGUAUUUAGACCUACAAUACAAUUAUAAUAAGGACUAUACAAUUUUAUUUCCAUUGACUACCCAAAAAAAUAUGUAGUUAACUCUGAAAAAGUUUGUGACUAGUGACUAGUUUUCCCUAGUCUAAAAUUAACUGGAAACCGGUUUUAACUGAAACUAAUAUAUUAAAUAUAAUAAAAUAUACAGUACAAUAAAAAAGUUUUUAUUCAUUUCAUAUUCAUUACAAUUAUUAGUCAUCGAUAUUUGAAUAUUUGUUAUAAAAACUGAGCUUGUUAUUUUACUUUGUGCAAUUUUUUCUUCCAUAUAAAUUUAUUUGUAUAUCGCAGUAAAAUAAGUUUUGUUUGGUUUAUAGAAAAAAAAAUUGUUUGUGUAAUAUAUCAAAUUAUCAAAUAUUUUCAUGUGAUUUGGAAUAGUUGUUAACGUGCUAAGGUGUGUCUGCAUCGCUGUGAUUAACUUUACCCUUAUUUAGAAUGGCAAAGAUACAUAUUAUCAGGAAAAAUAUUUAUUUAUAAUGAGAUUUGCUAUAUUACGUACUAAUACUAUUUGUUUUGUUAAAAUUUGUUUUGUACAAUAAACUUUUCUAAGUC